GCCAGGCUCUGGAGGGACCCUGGAGCUGCGCAGGCCUCAGCCCAUGGCCCGGAGGUACGAUGAGCUGCCGCACUACCCAGGCAUCUCGGAUGGCCCCGCAGCCCUGGCUGGCUUCCCAGAGGCAGCGCCCGAGGCACCAGGGCCCUAUGGUCCUCACCGGCCUCCCCAGCCCCUACCCCCAGGCUUGGACAGCGACAGCCUGAAGAGGGACAAGGAUGAGAUCUAUGGACACCCGCUCUUCCCCCUCUUGGCCCUGGUCUUCGAGAAAUGUGAACUGGCUACGUGCUCUCCCCGUGAUGGGGCCGGAGCUGGGCUGGGGACACCCCCCGGCGGCGACGUCUGCUCCUCUGAUUCCUUCAACGAGGACAACACUGCCUUCGCCAAGCAUGUUCGCUCUGAGAGGUCCUUCUUCUCCUCCAACCCAGAACUGGACAAUCUGAUGAUCCAGGCCAUCCAAGUGCUGCGGUUCCACCUGCUGGAGCUGGAGAAGGGAAAGAUGCCCAUCGACCUGGUCAUCGAGGAUCGGGACAGCGGCUGCAGGGAGGACUUCGAGGACUACCCAGCUUCCUGCCCCAGCCUCCCAGACCUGAAUAAUAUAUGGAUUCGAGACCAUGAGGAUAGCGGGUCUGUACAUUUGGGGACCCCAGGUCCAUCCAGCGGGGGCCUGGCCUCCCAGAGUGGGGACAACUCCAGUGAUCAAGGAGACGGCGUGGCCUCUCCCAGUUCUGGUGGAGAAGAUGAGGACUUGGACCAGAAACGACGGCGAAACAAGAAGAGGGGGAUUUUCCCCAAAGUGGCCACCAACAUCAUGCGAGCCUGGUUGUUCCAGCACCUCUCGCACUCCUACCCCUCGGAGGAGCAGAAGAAACAGCUGGCGCAGGACACGGGGCUCACCAUCCUGCAAGUCAACAACUGGUUCAUUAAUGCCCGGAGACGCAUCGUGCAACCUAUGAUCAAUCAAUCAAACCGCACAGGGCAGGGUGCAGCCUUCAGCCCAGAAGGCCAGCCCAUCGGAGGCUAUACCGAGACGCAGCCACACAUGGCCGUCCGGCCUCCAGGAUCAGUGGGGAUGAGUUUGAACUUGGAAGGAGAAUGGCAUUAUCUAUAGAGGCUGAUGCAGGAGAGACACAGCUGAUGCUCUGACCCCCAGCCUCACAGCAGGCUCUGGUUCCCUCCUGGUCCUCCGGCUUCAGGACCCCACCUCCAAAGGCCCCUCCUCUCAACGCCUACCUCCCUGGGGCCCUGCUGGGACAUGAGGGCCUUAGUGCCCACCCAAGGGGCUCUCAAGGACACCAGCAAGGCCUCCAGGCCCUGAGCCCCGCUUCUGCCUUCACCUCUGCCUGGGACCCGAGCUGGGCUCCUGGGCCUUGGUCCCCAGAAGACGGCGGCUAGGGCCUUGCUGCCAGGACAGAGAAGGGACAGGGUGGCUGGGCAGUCAGGGAAGGAGGGUCGCCCGGAUCCGACAUUUUGGAGAGAUUCCUUCACCCUUCUGUCCCCCCCACCUCCCUUCUCUAAUUUCUUCUUUUUUUAAUGAUAAAGUCUUAAAAACACAGAAAAAAAAAAAGACUUCAGAGAAUUAGGUAGAUGAAGCACUUUAUACAGUAUAUAUCUUCAGCUUAAAUUUGUUUUGUGUAUUUUUUUUUAUUUUUAAGUAGGCAAAGAUUUAAAAUUUUUUAUUUUUAGUAAAUGUUUGAAGCAAACUAAAAAGACUUGGGCAAUAUUUACCAAAACAAAACAGAACCCAAAAAAUUGUACAUCUUGAUCUUAGCAAAUAUCCUUAUUGUAGAGACACUUAAUAAAGAGAUGGUAUUUUAAUAUCUGCAGUUCUGAGGUAGGGUGGAACUUGGUUCUACAUUGUGAUUUAGGAAUUUUUUAAACCUUUUUUCUUCAGGGGAGAAGUGACCCCGGCCUCGAGUUUAGUGCUAAAGCCACUAGUGUACUUAUGCUGUCCCCUAACCACCACAUGCGACAUGGAGGCAGAGGCUAAAUACAGGGGCUUUCUUAAGAAAGUAAGAGGAAAUUAGCAAGCAUUAUUAGUGAUUGACUACUGCUAUCAAGUGAAUUCAAAGGAAACAGGUUUUUAUGCCAUAUUGAAGUUACAGAAACCAGGCAUGCUUAGAAUAGUUUCUAGGGCAACAGAGCGAGACUCCAUCUCAAAAAAAAAAAAAAAAAAAAAAAAAAGAAUAGUUUCUAGAGGUUAUUGGAGAAUAGAAAGCUAAGAAAACUUGGUAUACAUUUACAAUUGAAAUAUAAUUACACUUUUUACUCUCAGAAUAUUAUUCACAUUAGACUUCCUGUUUAUCUUUUAUAUUCUUGCAUUUAUAUAAUGCCUGAUCCUUCAAAGUUCUUUCACAUAUUAUAUGAUCUUUAUGAAAAACAGUAGAUGCUUUAUUCUGAUAUAUUCAGUUUCUCACUUUAGGCAAAAGUGGAUUAAUAGAAUGGUGAAUUCAAAGUAGAUGAGGAAAAUCAGGCACAGAGAAGUAAAGGCAGGGACAGACCCAAAUUCACACAAGAAGAUAAUGACAUCGCCAGCAUUUAAGUUGAUCAUCAAAGGCUGGGCUGGAUUUGUCUUGCUAUAUGUGUCAGGAAAUUUAUACCUAUUACAUUUUCCAUGUUCUCAAAAUAAGUCAUAUGAUCGUAAUGUUUAGCUGCAACUUUUCUCCUAACAAAUAGUGUCAUGAAGAAUGUUGCAGUGUGAAGUUUGUACAUUUCAGGGUCAGUUGUACAAUGUGAACUCUUUAUCUACGGGAAUGAGAAUGGAGGAUCAUGAAGGCCAUGAUAUAAACAAAUUUGCAUGUUGAAGCCUGUAUAAAACAUGGUACAGUGAGUGAAUGCCCGCAUCCCCAAGAACACUUUAUACAUAUUAAAUAGAUAUAUGAUUACUGUGCAAAAAUUCAUUCUGGAAAUGAACAUAUAUUUGAGCACUAAUAUGUAAUGUACAUCUUCUGCCCUAAGGAGAAAAUAAAUCAUAAAACUUGUUUCACAUUCAAAAUUACUUUCCCGAGCAUGUCUUAGAGUAAUCUAUGUGUUGAUGCAUGUAAAUUGUAUUUUGGGUAGGCAAAGAAACAAAUCUGGUUAUUUAUGUAAAAACUAGUCUAAUAAAGUGAGUGGCUUCAUCACUUU